AUGGGAAGGGAAAGAAGUAUUGAAGACGAGAAGGAGGGAGGAAAACAGAAGAAGAGAAGAAGAAAGAAAUAUAGAAGAGAGGUUGAGGAGAGAAGUAGAUAUAAAAGUGGAGAUACAGUGAUGGGAAAAAGGGGAAACAGGGAGGAGAAGACGGGAGGGGAAGUAGGGAGAGGGAUAAGGGAGGAGAAGAAGGGGGGAGGAGAGGGAGAAAGGGAAAGGGAGGGGAAGAAGGGAGAAGGAAAUGAAGAAGGGAGGAAAAGAAGGGAAGAGUGGAGGGAAGAAGUGGAAACAGAAAAGGGAGGAAAAAGGGGGAUGGAGUGGGAGGGGAAGAAGGGACAGGGCGGGGAAGAAUGGAGGAAAAGAUGGGGAAAAGGAAAUGGGACAAGUGAGGAUAUAAACAUAUCAGAAUAA